AUGCGGCCCGCGGGUUUGGACACUCGUGCUGUGAGGGUUCCGUUUUUACCAGGUGAGGAACGGAACCCUGAAAGCGUCACGUUGCGUGACGGUGUUUCCGGUUGCAGCAGUGACCCGGGCCCGUGGACGUGGCGCUGCGAGUCCGGGCGGUGCGUGCGCGCGCUGUGGCAGGGCGGCUCGCAGGUGUCCCUGGACACGUGCCAGUGGACUUGCGCCGCCUGGGAGACGCCGCUGUGGCCGCGGCCCACGGGCGCGCUGCGGCUCGCCAACUCGAGCGCCGCGCUGCCCGCCGACCUGGACGUGCGCCUGCGGCUGUCCAACCCGCAGCACGAAGACACGCGGGACCUGCUGGCGGCCGCCACCGAGCGCCUGGCGCGUCACCUGCAGCUGGUCAGGCCCGCCUGGGCCGACAGAGUGGCGUGCGACGCCGCACGCGGCGCUACCGUCGCACGGCUCACCGUCCUAGUCAGGCUGGACGCGGACGGCAGCCGCCCCACGGGCCACCUCACGCUGGACACCGACGAGGGCUACCGCCUCCAGGUGCGCCGUGAGUCUCAGGAUCUACAAGCGGAGAUUGAUGCCCGCAGCUUCUUCGGCGCCCGCCAUGCGCUGGAGACGUUGUCGCAGCUCGCCUGGUGGGACCCCGUCAGCGGAUGCGUGCGCAUGCUGGACUCUGCUAUCGUCAAGGACGCGCCCAAGUUUCGGCACCGAGGCCUGAUGGUGGACACGGCGCGCAACUUCAUCCCGCUGGAGGCGCUGAAGCGCACGGUGGACGCGAUGGCUUCCAACAAGCUCAACACGCUGCACUGGCACCUCACGGACUCCACCAGUUUCCCCUACCUCAGCCGCGCGCUGCCCACCAUGGCGCGCUACGGAGCCUACUCUCCGGAACAGGUGUACAGUAUGGACGACGUGUCGCGGCUGGCGGAGUUCGCGAGAGAGCGCGGGGUGCGUCUGGUGGUGGAGCUGGACGUGCCCGCCCACGCUGCUGCCGGCUGGCCUACCGAGCAAGUCUCCUGUUCGGAGCAGAGGGGGUCUGCCGCGAAUGCUCCCCUGGUGCAGCAGCAUCGCCAGAAUGAGAACGAGAACGGGCUGCAGUACCGCCUGGAGGAUCGGCGAGAGAGGCGAGCGCAGCACGGCGGGGAGGAGCCGCCUCCCUGGUGGGAGCUGUGUGGCCAGCCUCCCUGCGGUCAGCUGCCGCCGGCGGACGAGGCGGCGUUCGGCACGCUGCGGACGCUCUACCAGGAGCUGCGGCAAGCCUCCGGCGCCUCCGACGUCGCGCAUCUGGGCGGCGACGAGGUGAGCGCAGAGUGCUGGGACGGCGUGCGCGGAGAGCGGCUGUGGUCUCUGUGGGGCGGCUUCAUGCGGCGCGCGCACCGCGAGCUGGUGGCGGCGUCGCAGGGGAACCCGCCCACCGCAGUCCUCCUGUGGAGCAGCGAGCUGACCGCGCCGCACAACCUGCGCCGCUACUUCGACCCCAGCACGCACGUCGUACAGGUGUGGGGCGGCAGCAAGUGGAACGAGACGCUGCCCGUGCUGCUGACGGGCUUCCGCGCCGUGGUGUCGCACGUGGACGCGUGGUACCUGGACUGCGGUUGGGGCGACUUCCGCAGCGGGGGCCCGGGACCCUGCGGGCCCGUCGCCACGUGGCAGACCGUCUACUCGCACCGGCCCUGGGCCGCCUUCCCGUCGGGCGCGCGCUCCAGGCUGCUGGGCGGAGAGGCCUGCCUCUGGUCCGAAAAGGUGGACGACCAGACGCUGGACGUCCGGCUGUGGCCGCGCGCCGCGGCGCUGGCAGAGCGUCUGUGGAGCGACCCUCCGGCGGGCGUGCACCCCGACCUGCCCCCGCCGGGCAGCCCGCAGCGGGAUGAGCCGACGCUGCGGCGCGCCUACCAGCGGCUGUCGCACCACAGGGAGCGGCUGGUGGCGCGCGGCGUGCGCGCAGAGGCCAUGUGGCCGCGCUACUGCCACCUCAACCCCGGCGCCUGCUUCUAGUGACAGCGAGCAGCCGCCGAAACUGGUUACUAAACGUGCAGGAACGAUACACUGCCAGCUUCAGUUCAGCGUGCAGCUCAGUGAAACUUACGCAUGUUUUUUCUCCUUAAUUUCGUGCUCCGAUCAGCGAGUUAUAUGUAGCAUGUUAACGAGUGGUGGGACGAAAGUGUAAUGCAUGUUAAACAGACACGAUUGUUAGGCUGCUUCCGAUUUCAUUAAGUGGGACCAACAACGAAAUAAAGGAAAAUCUUGGUGAUAUGUGGCAAACAUUCUGUGAUGUGGUUUUUAAUGUCGAUGCUGUGAAGAAAGGUGAAUCUUAACUUAUCACUGUUGGUGUACUGGGUGAACCUGAGGUCUAACAAUCUUGUAAGUUGUUUACGGAUACUUUGAGUAUUUCGGUGUAAGGGACCCAUUGUAUCUGGUGGCCCUUUACAGAUUAAUGUUGAGGUGGUAAUAUAUUCGGCUUAUUACCCCUCCCCCUCAAUUAACUUUGCAUCAGUGAAAGUAGCUCCAAAACAUCGAAAGUGUGUAACAUGUAAUCACUAAAACGGGCGAAACAAAAGAAUUCAAUGACGUUCAGAACGAAAAAGACUGAAUACUGCAACGCGAAUGCCGCCACUGUGGGAAGAGCUCAGCUUAGCGCCGUUUUGCCACUCUUCCAUUGCAUUCAGUGAACCCAUACAUGAGCUGCAUAUUGGCCACCUCUUUAAUCAGUAAAACUAUCCAUUCAGCUGUGUAUCACUUCUGUUCUGACGUGUAGCCGUCACUGCAGGGGAAAACCAACAGAAACUAACAUUACUGAAUAAAAGCUUAAGAAGGAAGAGUAAACUGGACCUUACUAUUAUCGACAGUAAGCACCAUGAGAGAGAGUAGAACAAGUAUGUUUUAAAAACAUACUGUCGAUAUUUACAACAUUUGCACUAUUGUGCAGAUUUUUUCAGUAAAAAUGUUGUCUGGGAUUUACCAUGGGGUGGGUAAAACUGCCUAUUAGUAUGGAUCUUUAUCUGCAAAGAUUGUCCCCACCCCUCCCCCAUGUCCUCGUGGUUGAGAGAGAGUUGUGUAGCGUUUGUAUUUCUAGAGCUUAGGUGAGUGUAAUGGAUGUGUGUACAGGAUAGUGUCUUAUGUUUCGUGUUGGAGGGGGGGGAGGGGUGAUAGGAGGAUAGAUCUAGAGUGAGAAACCAGGCGCUGGCACACCAAAAGUGCAUCUAACUUCCCAACAGUGUCACAUGCCCUUGUGUCAUGAGGCUAUGGAGAUGUAUGUAUGGAAUUUAAUCCAGGACAAUGGUGCAAAGUCUGGUGAUAAACAAUUGUUACGCCACAAUCUUCCCCCCCCCCCCCUAACUUGCCCAAUACUGACUGUGAAGAUUUUAUCCUCCACAAAGAUUCAGACCGACUUACCUCAGUCUAGCACCACAGUUCAGCGGCAGAGGUUGGUCAUAUUUUCAGUGCCAUACAGAAACAAAAUAAAUGUGGGUAAGCAAUCGAAAUGCAAAUAUUCUACAUUGAUCCACCAGAGCAGACAGAUUCCUCAAACCAAAAUACUACUACAAAAUUUCGUAAGUUGUUAGAGGACAUUCACUGAGUUCGGGUUCACUCUGAGAAAGGUGUUAACUUGCCUUCCUAUUUAUACUGAUGUGUAUUGCAUAGCAAAUAGCUGAGUGUAAAAACGCGUGGAUCCAGUAUCAGAAGACGUCAUCAUAAGCCUAGAUUUCAUGGCAAUGGCUGCAGUCAUGGGCAGACAUAUGGACAGAGUGGGUUCUCAUGCAGCUAGGGGCUAAGUAACAUAAAGACCCUCUAUAUCCGUAUCCGAGCACGAAAAUGGUAGACAUCUAAUUGUUUACAGAAUAGCUACCAUCACAAUUGGAUAAUAAGCUUUAUAUCAUCUCUGGUGUUUAGCCGAGGCGACAUGCAUACAAUUGCCCAUUUGAAUCCUGCCCUGCCCUGUUCUCGUUUUCACCCACUGUGGCCAGAAAAAAUGCGGCGCCAAGAAUCGCUUCAUUAGUUCAUUUCGGAGCAUACACACAGCACAGCACAGCACAACACGAUUUAGUAAUGGUAACUACAGUGCUCAAUACAUUAUUGUUAGAUUGGCAAUGAUCCGACACAAAAUACUGGCCAUCCAACGUAUUAAAAAUUCUCACUGAUUAGAGUUAUGGAGCCAGCGGUCAGGAACAGUUACACAUACAGUAUUUCUCUAGGAAUUCCUAGUCAGUAAAUUAUUCUGAUUAUUCGUAGAAUGUCGUCUUUGACACUGGAUUUGUAUACAUUUUGUUCAAAGAGAACUGUUAGUCUAAAUUCCCAUUUGCUGGAUAAAAAAUGACAUGAAAGUUUUAACUUAUGCUAUAAGCAGACAGGCAAUGGCAGUCUCACAAGACACUUAACUGCAUAGCAAGCGGUGCGCUGGGGUGUUAUUUCCAAUAUGUGCAGUAUUUCGUCCAGUUUGUGCAAUUAUACUGAAGUCAUGAAAAGAACAAGUAACGUGCAUUUGUACUUACCGACGCCUUAAGUCACUUCACAGAAUGUUAGUUUCAUUGUGGUGGUACUGUGUUACCAAAGAAACAAUUGGACGUCGUUGUCAUAAACUUCCUCUGUUGCAUGCCCCUAUUUGGACACUGUGGUAGGUGCACAACAACCAGGAAUUUCAGUGCAAUUAAAUGUAUUUUUGUACAUACAUUUUUGUAAAUAAAUUUAUAAAAUUA